UCUUGACCUGACCUGAUGUUAACCGUGACCUGGUUUACUCUCAGAUAAGGAGGUUAGUUACUGUGGUCAGUGCAUUGACCAGCACUUUACACACGCGCACACCAGCAUGAGGACGUUUCUGAUCCUGUUUAGUUUGGGCUUUGUUGAAAGUCUAAUAAGGGUGCCGUUGAGUCGCGCGCCUUCAGUGCGGAGUAAACUGCGCGCCGCCGAGCAGCUGCAGGAGUUCAUGCGCGAGCACGAGCCGGACUUCUACUCGCGCCGCUACGCGCAGUGUUUCCCUCCCGCGCGUGACUUCAUUCGACUGCCGGGAAAAUCUGUGGAGCGACUUUACAGCUUCAUGGAUGCUCAGUUUUUUGGUGAGAUCAGUCUGGGAAACCCACAGCAGAACUUCACAGUAAUCUUUGACACCGGCUCCUCUGAUCUCUGGGUCCCUUCAUCAUACUGCGUCAGUCAAGCGUGUGCGAUGCAUCACAAGUUCAAGGCCUUCAAGUCCAGCACUUACACGCAUGACGGACGAGUGUUUGGCAUUCAUUACGGCUCUGGACACCUGCUGGGGGUCAUGGCCAGAGAACAACUCAUGGUGGGCUCUUUGACGGUUCAGAAUCAGAUCUUUGGAGAGGCUGUGUAUGAGCCCGGGUUUGCUUUCGUCAUGGCCCACUUUGAUGGGGUUUUGGGUUUGGGUUUCCCUCAGUUGGCAGAAGAGAUGGGUUCUCCAGUGUUUGACAGCAUGAUAGCGCAGAACAGCGUGGAUGAGCCGGUGUUCUCCUUCUACCUCAGGAACAACGGCUCUGGGUUUGGUGGAGAGCUUUUGUUUGGAGGUGUAGAUGAAACUCUGUUUGUUCCUCCUAUUAACUGGGUUUCCGUCACGCAGAAGGGCUACUGGCAAAUCAAAAUGGAUGGUGUGAAGGUCCAGGGAGCUCUGAGUUUCUGCUAUCGUAGUUCUCAUGGAUGUCAAGCUGUAGUAGACACAGGAACUUCACUGAUUGGCGGCCCAAGCAGAGACAUUCUGAUGCUUCAGCAGUUCAUCGGAGCCACACCCACUGCCAUUGGAGAGUAUUUGUUAGACUGUGCCAGGAUCAGUAGUCUGCCUGUGGUGUCCUUCCUGUUGAAUGAUGUUGAGUAUUCACUGACUGGGGAGCAGUAUGUCAGGAGAGAGAUCCUGAACAAUAAUGAGAUUUGCAUCAGUGGGUUUCAGUCCAUAGACGUCCCGUCUCCAGCCGGACCCAUGUGGAUUCUGGGAGAUGUUUUCCUGUCUCAGUUUUACAGCAUCUAUGACAGAGGUCAUAAUCGCGUGGGGUUCGCUCAUCUUUCUCCAACGUCAAAGAUCAUCACAUAGACAUAAACACAGUGCUGUUCAUCUAAUGCUCCUUACAAUCACAGCAGCCACUUAAAUAUCAUCAUCUGAUCGUUUGCUCUUUUGAAUGAUUCCCUAUAUUUACAGGACAGAAUUCAUGCAGUAUUUUAUUAGAGAUAAACAUGUUUCAUACUGCUCAUUUAUUAUUCUGUAUAGAAAUAGCUAAAGAUGGUUUCCACAUUUAUACAAACUACAACAGCUCUGAAUUAGGCCAGACUGUGAUUAGAAAGAAUAUAUUGGCUAGUAGUAAAGCAUCAAGACUCUACAAAGCAUUUGAUUGUUUCAUUUAUUGUGUGAAUGUAAAUGAGAUGCAAUUUGAUUGGCCAAACAAAAUGCUAAAAAUUCAGCUAAAGUUAUGUUAUUUUAAAGAGUCAUAAGUAGUGGGUUUGAGUAGUUGCAUUUAAUAAAAAAGCUUUUGUUAUAAUUGUCAAAAAUUGUCUAAAAACCCAGUUUUAUUUUGCUUGUGGACAACUCAUGUGGUUAUGUUUAUUAGAAAUUAAUGAAUACACAAUUUACAAUCAAUACUUUACAUUACAUUAUUUUUACUUUGAAAUACAUCAUUUACAUGUACAAGUUAGUUUGACAGUGUUAGCAUGAAAACAAGAUAGUUUAGGUGGUUAGUACUGCUUUUAUUAAUCAAAUAAAUAAAAGCAUUAAUCAACUCUCGCUGAUGCAGGGAUGUUUUGAAAAGUAAUUUUUUUCUCCUGAAUGGGCAAACCACGCCACCCUUGUCUUUUCAUCAGCUCCUCCACCUGCUUCUCUUGUUGUUUUUUCCAGGAAGGAAGACUGAAAAAACUUUCCCGCCAUUGACGAGUUAUCUCGUUAAUUACAAGAAAACAUUUGCAUGAAAAAACGUGUUUCUUAAAGGUUUUUAUGUUAAAGGAGCGGUGAAUCAAAGAAUCAAUUUUAACGUCCUCAUUACUGAAAUAUAGUUUUUGGCACCAAGCCAAGAAAACAGUUGGUUCAGGAAUGUGCCAAUAUGCGAUGUUGUAGAGAUUUUAUCCCCACCUUCAAAUUCAAAUUGCAAGAACUGCUUUUGUAACCCCGCCCACAGGUUCGCCUGACACACGUGUUGGCCAGGGGCAAAGCAAACCGUAUGCAGUGUCUCAACAAUCAGUAAACAUGUCUUUAAAGAUUGCCAAAUGUAACCAAAAUGACUUUUAAAUACAUUUUUCCUGAGAGACUUUUA